AUGGCGUCAGUAAUUAUAUCACAUAGGGUCUAUGAGCUCAAGGAGUUGAUCUGGCGUUUGCUGCCAGCGAUUCAGCAAGAACUAGUGCGUCAAGUUGUUUUGCGUUUAGUAAUGACGAUGACGUUCCCGCCAAAACUCGCGUGCCGCCAUCGACGUCGCGCGUUCGCAGCCGGCAAACGCGUUAGACAGAUAGCGCAGGGUUGUCGGCCGAGCGCCCUUGUUAGAAAAAGGACGAAUCGUAUAACUACAGCGCUGCGCGCGCAAAGAUCAAGCGCCGAGCAUAGACAUCCUCCAUGCAUAAUAGACUACGUGGGUGGACUGACCGUGGCCGCGCAAGGUGAGGUCCCAAGGUCGUGGCGCGUGGCCAAUCUUUCCGCACCAAACGCAUAUACCGUAUGUUCGCCAAUAGAGCGUUUCUGUCCGCUGAAAACGCGACGUGUGGAGCACGCGGCAGCGGCGUGUGGAAGGUCACGGAUCUAUGCUAAAUCUAGAACAGACUCCGAGACGGACAGACAAGCGAGCGAGCGACAGCGCGUUCCGUGUCCGCAGUUCGCCCAGAGCGUUCCGCGCAUCCUUUGUGCCGCUCAAGGCCCCAUCCCGACGCGUGGUUCAUGGGCGUCAAGAUACCAAGUUCCGUUGGCUCUGGAGGGUUUCCUCCCUUUCCCCCCCCCCCCCCCCCCCCCCCCCCCCCCCCCCCCCCCCCCCCCCCCCCCUCCCCCCCCCCCCCCCCCCCCCCCCCCCCCCCCCCCCCCGGCGGCUGAGAAAUUGCAAUGGGUUUUCCAUCCUCGUGAAAACUUCGUCAUUAUGCACACGAUUUGCCGCGAGAGUUUCGGCGAGACUAUGUAUAAAUGUUCUGUUCGUAUA